AUGCAAUUAAGAGAAGAUACCAAGAAUGCGCUGGGCGACAUCAUCAAUCGCUACCGACCAGAGCUAAGGCCAUUCGAAGACCUCUACCAACACCUCCACGCCCACCCAGAACUAUCAGGCGAAGAAGAGCAAACCGCCAAAAAGGCAGCCGACCACCUAACAGACCUCGGAUAUGAAGUCCACACCAAAAUCGGUGGCCACGGCGUCGCAGGCGUCCUCCGCAACGGCGCAGGCCCAACAAUCCUACUGCGGGGCGACAUGGACGCACUGCCCGUAGAAGAGCAAACAGGCCUAGCAUACGCCAGUAAAGUAAUUGCCAGAGACACUGAUGGCAAAAAACAACCGGUGAUGCACGCCUGUGGCCACGACACCCACGUUACAUCCCUCAUGGCCGCAUCGACCCUCCUCCACGCCGCCCGCGACCACUGGAGCGGGACACUGAUCUGCAUCUUCCAGCCUGCCGAGGAACAUCUCGAUGGCGCACAGGCGAUGCUCAACGACGGACUCUACGAUAAGAUCCCCAAGCCGGAUCUUGUCCUCGCACAGCAUGUCAUGCGCAUGCGCGCCGGCACGGUUAACUUGCGCGCCGGCCCGCUCCUUACAGCGGCUGAUGCAUACGACGUGCGGAUCUUCGGACGUGGCGGGCACGGCUCAGCGCCUCAGACGACGAUCGAUCCAAUUGUACUUGGGUCGUCGAUCGUGACUCGGCUGCAGUCUAUUGUGUCGCGCGAGGUCACGCCCGGUAAAUUGGCUGUCGUGACUGUUGGCAGUAUCCACGCGGGCCAAUCGCACAAUAUUAUCCCUGCUCAUUUGGACAUGCAGUUGAAUGUGCGCACCUUCGAUGCGGCUGUGCGUGAGCGUGUUUGUGCUGCUAUUCAUCGCAUUAUAGAGGCUGAGUGUCAGGCUGCUGGUGUGGAGCAGAAGCCUGAGAUUAAGCUUACCUUCUCGACGCCGUCGACGAUUAAUGAUGGGAAGACUAUUGAUGCGCUGAAGGAGACGUUCGCGCCGUACUUUGGGGACGACCUGGUGGAGAUGGAGCCCCCGAGUGCUAGUGAGGACUUUUCUUUGCUUGCUACUGCUGUUGGAGCGCCUUAUGUUAUGUGGAUGUUUGGUGGCACUGAUCCCGAGACUUGGAAUGAGGCUGUUAAGAAGGGCACUCAAGAUACGCUGCCUAGUAACCACUCGCCUUUCUUUGCGCCGGUCAUUCAACCUACUUUGAAGACUGGUGUCGAUGCAUAUGCGCUUGGGGCUUUGACUUUCUUGCAGAAGAAGUAA